AUGAAAUCAAUUAGUAUAGUAUCUUUAUUAAUUUUAUAUUGUAUAAUAAGUUGUGGUAAUGUUGUUGUAAAUGCAAUAAAUGGUCAAGUAACAUAUUAUAAUGAUCAGGGCUAUGGCUCCUGUGGUACUUUGAUUGAUGCAAAUACCCAAUUUUUAGCAGCAGUUCCACCAGGAUUUUGGACAACAACAAAUCCAAAUUUAGAUCCAGUUUGUGGUAAACAAGUAAAAUUAACAUAUAAUGGUAAUUCAAUUACACUUCCAGUACGUGAUAAAUGCCCAGGUUGUCCAAAUAAUAAUAUUGAUAUUAGUGCUCCUGCAUUUAUUCAAUUAAUUGGUAGUCUUGGACCUGGUAGAGUUAGUGUAACUUGGGAAUUUGUAGGUAGUAGUUCAAGUGGUGGUAGCACAACCGGAACAGUUUCAACAACAAAUGGUAAUAGUGGUACUUGUCCAAGAAAAGCAUCAGUUAGUGUAGGUCAAGGCUGUUAUGAUGUAUGGGUAUCAAAAUGUAACAAUGCUUGGGAUGAGAACCAAUUAUACGCUGCUAAUCCAGGUGUAUCAUGUACUUCUCUUCAAGUUGGUCAACAAUUAUGUUGUGGUGGUAGUACAACUGGUGGUAGUGUUACUUGUUCAAGAAAAGCAUCAGUUAGUGCAGGUCAAGGUUGUUAUGAUGUAUGGGUAUCAAAAUGUAAUAAUGCUUGGAAUGAGAACCAAUUCUUUGCUGCAAAUCCAGGUGUUUUUUGUACUGAUCUUCAAGUUGGUCAACAAUUAUGUUGUAAUUAA